CAAGAAAACAACCCCUGUGGCAUAUUAAGGGGAAGAGGAGUUUGCAUCUCUGUGAUUAGAGAAGUUAGCUUCCGAAACAGCUCAAUCUUCUCCUCGUCCAUCAUCCAAGGCCAGGAUGCAUUCCAUGAACCACUGGGGUGGCUCGUUCGAGAUCCAUGACCCGACGACGGACGACGAGCACAGCCGUAACAUGGACUUGGACCGGGCGGCGCUGUCGCGGCAGCAGCUCGACGAGACGCAGCAGAGCUGGCUGCUGGGGCCGCAGGAGGCCAAGAAGAAGGACAAGUACGUCGAUCUGGGGUGCAUGGUCGUCAAGCGCAAGGUGUUGAAAUGGACGUUCUACGCCGUUCUGAUCGCCUUCGUCGUCAUUGGCGUUCCCAUCACCAUCGCCAAGUCGAUCCCCAAGCACAAGAAAGCGCCGCCGCCGCCCGAUCGGUACACGGAGGCCCUCCACAAGGCCUUGAUGUUCUUCAACGCACAGAAAUCCGGUCGCUUGCCGAAGAACAACGGCAUACCAUGGCGUGGAGAUUCUGGCCUCAAAGACGGCUCUGAAGGAACCGACGUGAAGGGCGGCCUCGUCGGAGGAUACUACGACGCCGGCGACAACAUCAAGUUCCAUUUCCCCAUGGCGUUCUCCAUGACGCUGCUGAGUUGGUCGGUGAUAGAGUACAGCAACAAGUACAAGGACAUCGGAGAGUACGACCACGUCCGGGAGCUCAUCAAAUGGGGAACCGACUACCUGCUCAAGACCUUCAAUUCCUCUGCCACCACCAUCACCCAGAUAUACAGCCAGGUAGGCGGAGCUACGAAUGACUCGGCCUCGCCCGACGACCACUACUGCUGGAUGCGGCCCGAGGACAUGGACUACACUCGUCCGGUGCAGACAGCCAACUCCGCCCCGGACCUGGGCGGCGAGGUGGCCGCGGCUCUGGCCGCCGCCUCCAUCGUCUUCCGCGACGACGGCGCCUACUCGCAGAAGCUCCUCAAGGGCGCGGCCGUGGUCUAUAAGUUCGCCCGCGAUCCCGGCCACCGCACGCCGUACAGCCGGGGGAACCGCUACAUCCAGCCGUUCUACAACUCGACGGGGUACUGGGACGAGUACAUGUGGAGCGCGGCGUGGAUGUUCUACGCCAGCGGCAACAAGAGCUACAUCCAGUUCGCCACCGACCCGAGGCUGCCCAAGAACGCCAUGGCCUUCUUGCAGAUCCCGGAUUUGGGGGUGUUCAGCUGGGACAACAAGCUCCCCGGCGCGCAGCUAUUGUUGACGAGGCUGAGGCUGUUCUUGAAUCCGGGAUAUCCAUACGAGGAGAGCCUGAGUGGGUAUCACAACACCACCGGGAUCAACAUGUGCAUGAAGCUGCAGAGAUUCAACGUCUUCAACUUCACCCCAGGUGGGUUGAUCGAGCUCAACCAUGGCCGGCCUCAGCCACUACAGUAUGCUGUCACUGCUGCCUUCCUCGCCUCCCUGUAUGCCGAUUACUUGGACGCUGCUAAUAUUCCCGGGUACUACUGCGGCCCCUACUACUUCUCCGCCGACAGCCUCCGUAGCUUCGCCACCUCCCAGGUGAACUACAUCUUAGGAGACAAUCCGAUGAAGAUGAGCUACGUGGUGGGGUACGGCCGGAACUACCCCAAGCACGUCCACCACCGCGGCGCGUCGAUCCCGCACAACGGGGUGAAGUACUCGUGCACAGGCGGGUGGAAGUGGAGGGACGCCAAGACGGCGAACCCCAACACCAUCACCGGGGCAAUGGUCGGCGGGCCCGACCGGUUCGACCGCUUCUCCGACUCGCGGCCGAACUACAACUACACCGAGCCUACGUUGGCGGGUAACGCAGGCCUUGUCGCGGCGCUGGUGUCGCUGACGAGCACCAGCAGCAGCUCUGGCGUCGACACGAACACCAUUUUCUCUGCAGUGCCGCCGCUGUACCCUGGAUCGCCGCCGCCGCCGGCGCCAUGGAAGCCUUGAAUGCAGAGGAAUGUGCGAGUCUUCUUCAUGGGCAUGCAUUUAUUGGUCUGUUUCUGUGUACAAAAUAUGCUCAUCUCCAAGCUGAGUUCCUAUUUGCAAUUUGACAUGACAUGUUUGUAGUGCAAAAAGGGGUCAUUUGAAGAACCCAAGACAGAAUCUACUUUAAGACUCAAACAGAUAUAUCA